GUCUCGUACCCCGGCUCACGCAGGGCUCCGUCUGAGCUACAUUCCUUAGGGUUUCGAAUUGUCUCCGAUUUCGGAGCAAGAUGGGUAAGGGAACAGGAAGUUUCGGCAAGCGCCGAAACAAGACACAUACUCUCUGCAGGCGAUGUGGACGGAGGAGUUUCCACAUUCAGAAGAGCCGCUGCUCGGCUUGUGCCUACCCUGCCGCCCGCAUUAGGAAGUACAACUGGAGUGUGAAGGCUAUCCGUAGAAAGACUACCGGAACCGGGCGUAUGCGCCACCUCCGCCACCUGCCCCGCCGCUUCAAGAACAGCUUCCGAGAAGGUACCGAAGCGGCUCCCAAGAAGCCAGCAGCCGGCGGGGCCUAGCUUUACAAACCUAGAGAUUUGUUUAGAGAAAUCUGUAUACCGAUGAAGCAGAAUCAAAUUUUAUGACCUGGAAUUU